CUCGAUCCCACCACCAUCACCGUUCACGUAAAGUUCAGCAGGUGGAUGCUUCCUCUCUCCGCCUCCGACAGCUCCCCUGUCAGAGAUCUCAAAUCUCUCCUCCAACCUCUCACUAAGAUAUUGUCUGACCCAUUUUCACCCUUUUAGGGUUUUCUUGUUCGCAUGCUUCGGCUUUUCCUCGGAAGUAAGCUAGGUAAGUUACGAGCUUUGUUGACUUGAGCCUCUUUGUCAAAGUCGGCAAGUUGGGUCCAGACGCCGGACAACAAUCGCAGAGUUAGAUCCCAGUCCCCAGGGGGGAGAGAGAGAAUGGAGGUAAGAGGCGAUGCAGCUCUCGAUCCCACCACCAUCACCGUUCACGUAAAGUUCAGCGGCCGGACGCUGCCUCUCUCCGUCUCCGACGACUCCACCGUCAGAGAUCUCAAAUCCCUCCUCCAACCUCUCACCAACGUCAUCCCUCGCGGCCAAAAGCUCAUCUUCAAAGGGAAAGUUCUCGCAGAUACAAUGAAAUUGAAGUCAGAACAAGUGAUCGAUGGUUCGAAAGUUAUGUUGAUAGCUUCUCAAGGUCUACACCAAGGGGAUGGUCCAAUCACCAAAGUCGCCACUCUUCCAUCAACCAACACAAGGAGGAUCCUUGAUAGUAAACCAAGUCAAGUUUAUAAGGCUAAGACAAUUAUUGACAAAAGUCGCUCUGAACAUUGGAAGAUAACCGGUGUUGUAGGCUUGUCAUGGAGCCACCUAAAGACAGUGCCUGAAGAAGUUUGGGCUUGUGGACAUUAUGUAAGAGUACUGGACAUCAGCAACAACUUUAUUCAAGAAAUACCGGACAAAAUCAGUUUAUUGACAUCAUUGAAUAAAUUGUUGCUGAAUGCUAAUGAUUUAUUGGACAAGGGUAUUAGCUGGGAAGGCCUGUCAUCUCUGAAGUCUUUGACAGUUCUCUCUUUAAGCCAAAACCAUUUUACUACUUUGCCCUCUGUGGUUGGCACAUUGACUUCCCUCUGUGAACUCCAUAUUGCAAACAACAAACUAACAAGCCUACCAGCUGAAAUUGGAUUUCUGAAUCAACUUCAAAUUCUGAAGGCAGGCAACAAUAGGAUAAGUUCAUUGCCUUCAUCUAUCGGGAACUGCCAUUCACUUGUUGAGAUUGAUUUGUCAUUAAAUCUUUUGGUUGAGCUGCCGGAAACGCUAGGGAAUUUACGUAAUCUUAAGGCUUUGCAUCUAAGGAACAAUGGUCUCAAAUCUCUACCGUCGACAUUAUUCAAGAUGUGUUCUCAACUGUCAACACUUGAUCUUCAUGGCACAGAAAUUACAAAUGAUUUUCUCCGGCAGGUUGAAGGAUGGGAGUAUUUUGAUGAGCGUCGUCGAUCAAAGCAUCAGAAGCAACUCGAUUUCCAUGUGGGAUCAUCUGGAGUAUUCGAUGAAGGUGCAGAUGAUAACCGGGGUUCUUGAAGCUUUUUAAAAUCAAUGGUGCCUUCGUUGUAUCAGCAUCAGCAUCAGCAUUACAGGCUGGCAAGUCUGCUGAUGGUUGUAGCAGGGAUGCAGGAAUCAGGUUCCGCUUUCAUCAUGGUUGAGAGAUGUAGGGACUGACUUAUUUGGAGAGGGUUUAACCCAUUCUGUAGCCCAAUAAAAAAUAUUAUUAAUAAUAAAGAAAAGUGUAGAAACAAGAAAUUUUUUACACUUCAUAAAUUAAAACAAGAAAUGAGGGGCACUGUUGCAAGACUCCCC